CAGACACCGAGAGCCGGAGAAGGAGCUGGAGACCGAGCCUGGGCUGAGCAGGGUGACACAGGUAAGGAGAUUCGGAGGAAAAAGCAAGCUGUUGGGGUGGAUUGGACCCAGAGGGAGUGGGUUUGGGGGCUGAAUGCAGAUCUUGGUAUUGCAAGGGUUUGCAUCACGUGGCAGGCGCGAGCACAGAGAGACCAGCUCAGGGAUCCUGAUCUUGAAAGAUUGGGAGAGGGCAGGAGGCCAGUCUCUGUGGGGGCGGUUCCUGUAGUGUCACUCCGUGGGUUCGCGUGCCCAGAUUGACCGCUGGUGGGUGGCAUGGCCUCAGGUGGAGAGGCUUGCUGUGGACUCAGGCUGGCGAACAGCCCUGGCGAACAACGGGCGGAGGGGAGGGUGUCUUUCAAGUCAGGUAUUUACUCUGAACUGAGGGAGAAAAGAACUGAGGCCGCGUCAGGCCGAGAGCUGUUCUGCUGAGACCAGAGAGGGAAUCCCAGGUUCUUAAUGGGCGGGGGUGGGGGUGGAAAUGUUUCUUUUGUCUCUGAGACAGGUAAUACUGGGGAGGGGGAGAACAAGUAUUAUCCCACGCAGUACACCCCGAUCUCCCAGUCCAUUUCCUAACCUAAACUCCGGUUUCAAACUCCCUCGCUUUGCUCUUCAGUUGCAGGUUCCGAUCUUUGAGUACUCCAGGAGCUGCUCUCCAGCCCCUGCUUCUGGACCUAUGGAUUCUCCAUCUAGUGUUUCUUCCUAUUCCUCCUACUCUCUCUCUUCGUCUUUUCCCACCUCCCCAGUGAACAGUGACUUUGGCUUCCCCUCUGAUAGUGAGAGGGAGGACAAGGGGGCCCAUGGAACCAGGCCAGACACUGUUGGGCAGAGGGGAGGUUCACGGCCCAGCCCAGGUCCUAUCCGCUGCAGGCAUCGAUCCAAGGUUUCCAGUAACCAACAUACACCAUCUCAUCCGGAACAGCGAGGCUCGGCUUCUCCUAUGGCAGGAUCUGGGGCGAAAAGAUCAAGAGAUGGUGAAUUGGAGACCAGUCUAAACAUCCAAGGUCGUACCACAGAGGGAGACCUGCUGUUUGCCCAGAAGUGUAAAGAACUCCAAGGAUUUAUACCUCCUCUCACAGACCUUCUCAAUGGGCUGAAGAUGGGUCGUUUUGAGAGAGGAUUAAGCAGUUUUCAGCAGAGUGUGGCAAUGGACAGGAUCCAGCGUAUUGUAGGUGUUCUGCAGAAGCCACAGAUGGGGGAACGUUAUCUAGGAACGUUGCUACAGGUAGAAGGGAUGUUAAAGACUUGGUUUCCUCAUAUAGCUGCCCAGAAGUCAUCACUGGGUGGUGGCAAGCAUCAGCUGACCAAGCAUUUUCCAGCCCAUCACAAUGAUUCAGCUGCUUCCUCUCCUGUAUAUCCUGUGGAAAAGAUGGACCAGACACAGCUAGGACAUCUGGCUUUCAAACCAAAGCAGCCUUGGCACCUUACAGAAUGGCCAGCUAUGAACCUCACCUGGAUCCACACCACUCCAAUUUGCAACCCCCCUCUUGGCUCCCCAGGUACUGUCUCCUUUAGCCAUGGUCCAUUAGGCACUGGAACUGGCAUUGGUGUCAUUCUUUUCCUCCAGCAUGGAGUGCAAUCCUUCACCCACUCUGCCCCAACCACUCCAGUCCCACCUGCUACAGCAUCUCCUGUCAUCCCUGGUGAUCCUAUGAAACUGUCUGGAGAGGGGCCUCGUUGCUAUAGUUUGCCAGUAACUCUGCCAUCAGACUGGAGCUAUACCCUGUCCUCUCCCAGUCUACCCACCUUGGCCAAAAAGACGACCACAGGACAACGGGAACAGCAGAGAAGUCAUCCUCCAGUUGCUCCUAAUGUUCAUCUUCUCAACCCCUAGCCCAGAGCAUGUAGCUGUCCACUGUGAUCUCUCAUUUGUGUAAAUAUUCAUGUAUAUAUGUAUUUUUACUUUUAAUGUGUGCAUUUGUGUUGAGGGAAGAUAAAUCCUUUCUGAUUAAAGACUUUUUUUAUACCUGAA